ACAGAGACCUAGUAAGUAUUAAGCAAUGUAUUGAAACUAAAUGUUAUUUUUACAGAAUCCUUUCCCACUGGACAUGGCCCCUACAUCUAUUGAUGAUCAAUACGUUGGCUGCAGAGCGAACAUGCGCAUUCAGGUGAACACAGACUACCUCCCACGUGAGAAGAAAACCAGUACAAACUUCAAUAAUGCCUGGAAGGAAGCAGAAGAAAAAGCCAAACCGUCUAUCCAUGGUCUGCAAGAUGAACACUCCAAAGCUAUAUAUGUGUACACAAAUGAAGAGCCUAAGAUCUACCCGGACUUCAACAGAGAAGUUAGAGAUGGUAGAUCUAAUUAUGGGACAACAUUCCAGUACCAUUCCCUGCACUUCUAUCUAACUGAAGCCAUUCAGAUUCUCAAACAAAGGCAAACAACAUGCAUGACCACCUACCGUAGAACCAAUGUGUAUUUUCAUGAUGUCAAAGAAUAUAUCCGUUUCGGCACCUUCACCUCGAGCACUUUAAACAAGAAAAUAGGCAGAGAUUCAUUUGGAGCGACGUCCUGCUUUGAGAUCACCACAUGUUUUGGAGCUGACAUAUCACAUUACUCUGCAUUUACAGGAGAGAGAGAAGUCUUAAUUCCUCCCUAUGAGGUAUUCACAGUGACCAACAUCCAGACGAAGUCACCAGAGAAUAACCUGUGGUGUGAAGUCGUCUACACAUUAGUGAACACUGGACAUCAGAGUGACUUGAAUUGCAAGUUGCAAAAUGGAGUAAAAGUCUAACCUGUGAAGCAGCUUUUCUGCAUUCAACCGCACAUCAGGAAAAGGCUACAUAACGCUC